GGCUCUCGCAGGCCCCGGGUCCCUUUCGGUUCGCGGUGGGGUGGAGUCCCGGGAGCCCGGCCCGCGGCGCUCGGGCGGGCUGUGCGGGCCGCGGCGCCGGGCAGUGGUGGCUCCGGCGGCGGGGAGGGGCGGCGGUGCAGCCGCGGGUCCCAGUCCACAGGCCCGCUCUGGGUAGCCGCAGAGCCGGUUCCCUGAGCCCGGUGGGACGUUGGCGCAGAACUUCGUCAGGUUCGGGCCUGACCGCCUGCGCCCCCGAGUACCCAGGCUAGCCCUCCGUCAGCCUCGGCCUAUCCCACUUCCAGCGUGUCCUUUAUCUGCCGCGCCCCAGCCUCUACACCUUCCUAUAAGUAGUCGGCAUUCCAUUAGCCCAUCAAAUCUAAAGUCUCGGGACUCAUUUGAUACUGGACUUCAGAGGAAUGAGCUGUCAGCUAACAUAAUGAAACCAGCGUCUAUAACCCAAUUUGCUAGAUUCGGGGAGUGCAUGCCCCCGUCAUGUUCUCCUGUGACAUAUGUGGAGAAACGGUGACCUCCGAACCAGAUAUGAAGGCUCACCUCGUCGUUCACAUGGAAAACGAAGUUAUAUGUCCAUUUUGCAAGUUGUCAGGUGUAAACUACGAUGAAAUGUGUUUUCAUAUUGAAACUGCUCAUUUUGAGCAGAAUACACCAGAAAGAAACUUUGAGACGCUAAAUGCAAGACAGUAUGAAAAUCCAGAUGGUCAGAAUACCACCCUGCAGAGUGCAAAGGAAGUUAAUUCAAGCAUUCAUUCAGCCUGUGCAUCCAAUUUUCCAAAAUAUUCACCUCAAAGCCUUCCUAGAGAUGGGAUUUUAAAACAUGAAGCUUUUCAUACAGAGAGCAUAACCGAAUCUAGAAAGUACCCGAAAAGCCCAGAGAAGCAGUCUGGGUUGUCUGUGGUACAAGGACCAAUUUAUGGGACAACAUACAGUCUCCCUGAAUGUCCAUUCUGUGGAAAAAUAGAGGGGCGUAGUCAAGAUAUGGAGAUGCAUGUGAAGACAAAGCAUGCCAGUCUCUUAGAGGCACCAUUAGAAGACUGUCAUCAACCAUUCUAUGACUGUCCCAUGUGUGGACUCGUCUGUACAAAUUACCAUAUUCUCCAGGAACAUGUGGACUUGCAUUUAGAAGAAAGCAGCUUUCAACAAGGCAUGGACACAGUCCAGUGUUCUAGUGAUCGAGAACUAGCUCACCAGCUUCAACAAGAAGAAGACAGGAAGAGGAAAUCUGAAGAAUCAAGACAAGAAAGGGAAGAGUUCCAGAAGCUGCAGCGGCAGUAUGGUUUGGAUAACUCUGGAGGAUACAGACAACAGCAGCUGUGGCAUAUGGAGAGAGAAGUAAGCAGGGGAAGAAUGCAUCCCUCUGAAUUUUAUAGCAGAAAAGCCGACAUGAUGGAAUCGAUAGCUUUUGGUAUUGAUGACGGAAAAACAAAAACUUCCGGAGUCAUUGAAGCCCUCCGUAGAUACUAUCAGAGCACUGCCACAGAUGUGAGGUGUGUGUGGCUGUCUGCAGUGCUGGAUCACUUUCACUCAUCCUUUGGGGACAAAGGUUGGGGUUGUGGCUAUAGAAAUUUCCAGAUGCUACUUUCAUCAUUACUACAAAACGAUGUGUAUGGUGACUGCUUGAAAGGUAUGUCAAUUCCUUGUAUUCCAAAAAUUCAGUCCAUGAUUGAAGAUGCAUGGAAGGAAGGUUUUGAUCCUCAGGGAGCCUGUCAACUUAACAACAAAUUACAGGGAACAAAGGCCUGGAUUGGAGCAUGUGAGAUUUAUACACUUCUGACCUCACUGAGAGUAAAGUGCCGCAUUAUUGAUUUUCACAAGCCAACUGGUCCUUCGGGUACACACCCUCGCUUAUUUGAGUGGAUACUGAACUAUUAUUCUUCAGAGCGGGAAGGGAACCCUAAGGUUGUGUGUACAUCUAAACCUCCUGUCUAUCUCCAGCACCAGGGUCACAGUCGAACAAUUGUUGGAAUUGAAGAGAAAAAAAACCGAACAUUGUGUUUACUAAUAUUUGAUCCUGGAUGUCCUUCCCGAGAAAUGCAGAAACUGUUAAAACAAGACAUAGAGGCUGGGAGUCUGAGGCAGCUGCGGAAAUCUGUGGGAAAUCUAAAACAUAAGCAGUACCAGAUAGUAGCAGUAGAGGGCGUUCUUUCGCCAGAGGAGAAAGUUGCCAGAAAACAGGCUUCUCAAGUGUUUACAGCAGAGAAGAUUCCUUGAGUGAUUUUGUACUGAUCUUUUUUCUGAUGUAGAACCCUGAUAUUGUUGAAGAAUUUGAUUUCAUGUAAGUCCUUGGUCUAAUAUUUAAGUUGUAAAUGUUAUACUUCUUAGUUCUUCAUUGUCUAGUAAUUAGUUGAAUAAAAUACCUUGUUUGCGUUGUGGGUUUUGA